AUGGCCUCGAAGGGCCCAGAAGCUCCUGCAGCGCAACAAAUUAUCGACAAUGCGGCGAACAAGAUUUCAGAGGCGGUAGGAGGGGUUCCAGCAGUGCAACAAGUUGUCGGCAAUGGCACAAGCAAGCCUGCAGAGGGCGCAAGCGGAGCCCCAUCAGAGACGUCCAAGAGCGCACUUAAAAAGGCAGAAAAGCAGGCGAAGAUGGCCGCAGAUAAGGCGGCGAAGGCUGCUAAGAACGCGCUUGUAGUUGGGCAGGGCAAGAAGACAGACGAUAUCAUUGGAAUAACCGUAUCCAAGGAGGAGGACUUUUCUGCAUGGUAUCAAGAGGUUGUUGUCAAGUCGGAGAUGAUUGAAUACUAUCAAGAGAUUGCGGGGUUCUUUAUUCUGCGCCCAAGGUCCAUGUUCAUUUGGAACACCAUCAAGAAAUGGUUUACUGCAGAGAUUGAGGAGCUAGGCGUGGAGGAAGCCAGUUUCCCUAUGUUCUUGUCGCAGAGGGCGAUCGAGAGAGAGAAGAAGCACGUGGAGGGUUUCGCACCCGAACUUGCUUGGGUUACCAAAGCAGGCGACAAAGACCUUGAGGCUCCAGUUGCUGUCCGUCCCACUUCCGAAGUUAUCCUGUACCCAUUCUACGCGAAGUGGAUCCGAAGCCAUCGCGACCUUCCCCUCCGCCUUAAUCAAUGGAAUACCGUCGUCAGAUGGGAGGCUAAGCAGACCACUCCAUUCCUCCGAGCACGUGAGUUUGAAUGGCAGGAAGGACACACCGCAUCCGUGUCAGAGGAACUGGCUGGAAAGGAGGUUCUCCAGAUAUUGGAGUUGUAUGCCAAGGUUUAUGAAGAUCUGUUGGCUGUCCCGGUCGUUCGUGGGAGAAAGACGGAGAAAGAGAAGUUUGCUGGAGGAUACUAUACCACGACUGUUGAAGGAUAUAUCCCAUCCAAUGGCCGCGGAAUUCAAGGCGCCACGUCCCAUUGCCUGGGCCAGAAUUUUAGCAAGAUGUUCGACAUUACGAUUGAAGAUCCAAACCCAAAGGCUGGAGAGAAACCCGGCCAUAUGCACGUCUGGCAAAACUCCUGGGGCAUGUCGACUCGUGUCAUUGGUGUCAUGGUUAUGAUCCAUGGUGAUAACAAGGGCCUAGUCCUCCCACCAAGGAUUGCGCGCGACCAGGUCGUCAUUAUCCCAGUCGGAAUCAACAAGAGCACGACUGCAGAAGAUAAGGAGCGCCAUUAUGAUCAAUUGCAGGCCAUGAAGGCUACGUUGAAGAAGGUUGGUGUUCGUGCUGAUUACGAUAUCCGCGAUGGUUAUACCCCAGCUUGGAAGUUCAACGACCACGAGCUCAAGGGUGUCCCUCUGAGACUUGAGUAUGGUCCAAAGGACGCAGCCAAGAAUGUCGUGAGCUACGCUCGCCGUGACACUGGAGAAAAAGGAACUAUUGCCAUUGCCAACCUCGCGACUGAGGUCGCUGAGCUCCUUGAGACCAUUCAGAAAGACAUGUAUACCAAAGCCGAAGCUAAUUUCCGGGCCCACCGUAUCACUGUCACCAAGUGGGACGAUGUUAUCCCCGCCCUUGAUGCCAAGAACGUUGUUUUAAUCCCUUACUGUUUGGCCGAGAAGUGCGAAGAUAAGAUCAAGGAAUUGACCACUGUCGAUGACUCCGCCCACGAGGGUCCCCUUGAGAAGAAGGCCCCAAGUAUGGGCAUGAAGAGUCUCUGCAUUCCCUUCGAACAGCCAGAAGGUAUCGUGAAGGGUGAAACCAAGUGCUUGAACCCUGAGUGCGGAGCAUUCGCUGAGAAGUGGUGUAUGUUCGGAAGAAGUUACUGA